CAUCAGUCGCAGAGCCACGAGGGCGCGCAACAGGGUUGUGCGCUGGCGCGUUCAAGUAUUUGUACCCACAUGCUCGUUCUCAGAGCUCAGUCAGCAUUUGACUCAGUAGUGGCAGGGGAUCUAGGAUUUCCACUUGUCAGUUUUACUCCCCGACACCGAAAUCAAGUGCAUCCCCUCAGCUAAAAUGUCAAAGUUGGAUCAGAUCCUCGUUCUCGACCCUCCCGUCGACCUCAGAUUUAAAGGUCCUUUCACAGAUGUAGUCACCACGAACCUCAAAUUGAAGAACCCCUCUGACAGAAGAGUGUGUUUCAAAGUGAAAACGACCGCACCCCGCAGGUACUGUGUAAGGCCAAACAGUGGUGUCAUCGAAGCAGGCUGCACUGUCGUUAUCUCGGUCAUGCUUCAGCCCUUCGACUACGACCCCAACGAGAAAAGUAAACACAAAUUCAUGGUGCAGACGAUUUUUGCCCCUCCAAAUGUGUCUGACAUGGAUAUGUUGUGGAAAGAUGCAAAACCUGAUGAUCUCAUGGACUCCAAGCUGAGAUGUGUCUUCGAGCUGCCUUCUGAAAACGAUAAAGUGAAUGACGUGGAGGCGACCAAAGCGGCCCCGGUGAUGAACUCUGCAAAGGCUGACCCGUCAGCAGCCUCGGUGCCUGUCUCUGCCUCACUGGACGAGUCAGAGAUGAAGAAGAUGAUGGAUAAGUGUAAGAGGCUGCAGAGUGAGAUGAACAAGCUGGCUGACGAGAACCGGCAAUUAAAGGACGAAGGUGUUAGAAUGAGAAAGGUACCCCGCCCAGACCACAUGACAUCAAACUCAACUACCCUCCUCGGCCGAGAAACCAGCUCCGCCUCCCUGCCCUCCCUCCUCGUCGUCAUAGCAGCCAUCUUCAUCGGAUUCUUCCUAGGGAAGUUCAUCUUGUAGACUGGGAGAUGCAUGCCAGCCGUAUCCCCUCUCCUCCCCUCAAUUCCCCCGACUCCGGAAUAAAAACAGGCCUGGAAAAACCGAGAAGUCUUUCUGUUGACUUUGCCAUAUCAUUGGUAGUGUGGCCUACAGUGAACACAUCUGUACAGUAUCAUACGAAGGCGUCGCCUUUUACAGUCUCACACGGUUAGUACACAGAGAGCUGAGAACAGAAAGGCGACACAAACGUGAUUACUCCUCUCUUUUUUUGUUGUUUUCUUUCUUUUUGUUCUUGUUUGUUCGCUGGAUUACACAGAUAUACAUCGGGACAAUAAAAGUUGUAUUCUAUCAGUCAAAGUGGAAGAAGCACCUAGAGAGAACCAUGAGCAAGAAGCAGUCCGAUUAGAUCUCUCUCUCUAUUCUCUCUCUCUCUCUCUCUCUCUCUCUCUCUCUCUUUAUUCUCUCUCUAUCUCUCUCUCCCUCCCCCUUUCUCUGUUGUUUUUAAUAGGAAUUGAAUGGGAUGUUAGGUGUCUUGUAAAUGUAGUUUUAAAUCCUUUUAAACACAGACAGAGGACAGACCUUCCAUCUUAACGACCUUGCAUCGUAACGACCUUGCUCUACCUGUUGCUGGAUCGCCUCUGAAGUAAACAAGUUCAGUUUGUAAUUUCUACUUCUUGUCUCUGAAUGUUCAGGUCCAGCCGGGGUUUAUAGGUGCCUCCUCCUUGUACAUUUCUGUCCUUUUCCUUUCCUUCACGAUGCAGACUCAACUUUAUUAUUAUUAUUAUUAUUAUUAUACAAAUCAUAUAUUCCUUGAGGCAAAUAUUGACUGAAAUAAGGUCUUCAUUCUUAAAAUCCUGUCCCAUGGUAUUAAGCAUUGAAAAAAUAAAAUGAAAAAAAUGUGGUUUCGAUA